GCUAUCUGCAUCCUUUCACGUGUCCCUUCACUGACCCCCCCACUCCCCCAAGCUCGCCAUUUCUCACUUACAAAACCUUAACUGUUUGCUUAGUUAGAGAACUAAACCAUUCUUUGUAACUGCUUUAGAGUAUCUUCUUCUUCUUCUUUUUCCUCUAAACUUUCUUAUUACAACUUUUAGGGAUAGAUACCCUUUUGAUCGUGUGACCAUGGAAGUUGAAAUGAAGAAUCUUGGAAGUCUCCAUCAACUAAGGAUGUCAAAAAGGUGCAGUCUUUAUCCCCAAUUCUUCUUCUUUCUGCUAUUACAAGUUCUUGGUAGUUUCCAAUUGGUAUCACCUCAGUCUUGGGAUGGUAUAAUCAUAACCCAGUCCGAUUUCGAAGCUCUGCAAGCCUUAAAACAAGACUUGAUUGAUCCAAAAGGGUUCUUGAGAAGCUGGAAUGAUAGUGGAAUUGGAGCCUGUUCUGGGAAAUGGGCGGGCAUCAAAUGUGCUCAAGGUGAAGUCAUAGUUAUUCAGCUUCCAUGGAAAGGGCUAAACGGUAAGAUCACUGAUAAAAUUGGUCAGUUCCAAUCCCUAAGAAAGCUUAGCCUUCAUGACAAUGUCAUUGGCGGUUCAAUCCCAGCCACUCUUGGUCUUUUGCCUAACCUAAGAGGUCUCCAGCUCUUCAAUAACCGAUUCACAGGUUCAAUCCCCGGUUCACUGGGUUUCUGCAGACUCCUUCAAACCAUUGACCUCAGUAACAAUUCACUCUCUGGGUCAAUCCCACCGAGCCUCACUAAUUCUUCCACUAAACUGUUUAGUCUUAAUCUCAGCUAUAAUUACUUAACUGGUUCAGUCCCUGCAACUUUCCCAAAAUCUCCCUCCCUUAUCUUUCUUGACCUCAAGAACAAUAAUCUCUCUGGACCCAUUCCUGAUUCUAUAAGCAGGUUAAAGAAACUGUCAGUUCUUGAUUUUUCCUGCAACAAUCUUACCGGAGAAAUCCCAGAAUCCCUUGACAAUCUAACCAGCCUUAAUCUCUUCAAUGUGUCCUACAACAAUCUUUCCGGUCGUGUUCCUACCCGCCUUUCUCGGAAGUUCAAUUCAAGCUCGUUUCUUGGUAAUCUCCAUCUCUGUGGCUAUAGCCCUUCAAACCCAUGUUCUAUUUUAGUGACCCCAACAAAAGAAACUCCACAAGAACAUCAUCAUCUGAAAUUAGGGGUCAAAGACAUAAUCUUGAUCAUAGCAGGGGCACUCCUUGUGAUCUUGCUACUUAUUUGCUGCAUUCUGAUAUGGUGCUUAUUGAACACCAAGAAAAGAUCAGAAAAGAAGGAAGGUGGUCAGGGUGGUGGUGGGGGUAAAAAGGGAAUUCCGCCGACGGCGGUGGAAGUGGAAGGGGAAGCAACGGGAGGGAAGCUGGUUCACUUUGACGGACCUAUGGUUUUUGCGGCGGAUGAUCUUUUGUGUGCCACGGCGGAGAUAAUGGGGAAAAGCACUUAUGGGACUGUUUAUAAGGCGACUUUGGAGGAUGGGAGUCAAGUUGCGGUCAAGAGGCUGAGGGAGAAGGUUACAAAAAGUCAAAGGGAUUUUGAGAGUGAAGUCAACGUUCUUGGGAAGAUUAGGCAUCCAAAUCUGUUGGCUUUGAGAGCCUAUUACUUGGGUCCUAAAGGAGAGAAACUUCUUGUUUUCGACUACAUGCCUGGUGGGAGUCUCACCACUUAUCUUCACGCUAGAGGUCCCGAAACGUCUGUAGAUUGGGCAACAAGAAUGAGAAUAGCGAAAGGCAUUGCAAGAGGACUCCUCUACCUCCACAUGAAUGCAAACAUCAUCCACGGGAAUCUAACAUCGAGCAACAUAUUGCUUGAUGAGACCAUAACCGCAAAAAUUGCAGAUUUUGGCCUUUCCCGCCUGAUGACUGCCGCAGCAAACGCAAACGUUAUUGCAACUGCGACAGCAUUAGGGUACCGAGCACCCGAGCUCUUGAAGCUUAAGAAAGCCAACACGAAGACAGACGUUUAUACCCUCGGGGUCAUCAUAUUGGAACUCCUUACCGGGAAGUCACCGGGGGAGGCAAUGCACGAUGGUGUGGAUUUGCCUCAAUGGGUUGCGUCAAUAGUGAAAGAAGAGUGGACUAAUGAGGUUUUUGAUUUGGAACUCAUGAGGGAUGCUUCAAGUAUUGGUGAUGAGCUGUUGAAUACUCUAAAAUUGGCCUUGCAUUGUGUGGACCCCUCUCCCUCGGCUCGACCGGAAGUUCAGCAAGUUCUUCAACAACUUGAGGAAAUUAGACCGGAGAAUGGCGUGGCCGGUUUUGACGAUGACGGUGAUGGUGAUGCCACGGCUACCACUGUUGGUCCGACAACUAGUGAUUAAAAAAGUAUGUAUGCUUAGCAGCUUAGGUGGUGUUACAUUCUACUAUUGUUUCAUUUUAUAAAAUUUAUUUAAUGAUGUUUUCGUGUACAUAGAGAGGAAUGCUAUUCUUUUUUUAAGGUUGUAAGAGAAACAUGGAAUUCUACCAAUUCCAUGUCUUGUGGCAGAUUAGUUUUUAUUGCCAAACGUGAAUGUUUUCUCCCUUUCCUUUGCUGAUAAAAGUGUAAAGCAGAAAAGGGUGUUUGUGUUUGGCAGAUGGCUUAUCGGCCAAUUUUUGGCAUAUUAGACUGUUUUAAUUGUUUGAUUUAA